AUGGAUUCUUCUCGUAUUUUCACGCUUGGAUCAGAGCCUAGUGCUACUCAAGCUGAGGAUUUAGUCCGAUCAGUGGACAAGAAAGCGGAUUCUUCGUCUGUUGCGGUGCCUCACACUAUUGGGAGUGGCGAUGAAGAGAGCACUAGCGAGAAAACCAUGGACAGAUCAAAAGAAAGCAACAUCCCUGAUAGCCGCGAAGAGCGGAUCUCUGUGGAACAAAUGACCGAGUUCGUUCCCGAGUCGCCCGUAGAAAGUGACAAAGCUUUUUCGAUACAAAAGCGAAAUACUGUAGUAAACUACAGAGAUAAGCUUGGUGCACGGAUUUGGUGGGAGCUCGAGUACACAGCAAAAAGACUUGAACGCGAGGAGAUGAUGGAGCGGCAGCAACAAGCUCGCCAAAAACAAGCAGGCAUCCAGCAAAGGAAACAUGUAACCAGUCGUAGCUCACGACGAGUGGGUCCAAUAGGAUUACCGAAAAAUCACCAAUCAGUGAAGCAAAGAGGGUUGGAAGCUGUGGCAAACAGCAACGGCUGCAGUGAUCAGCAGAGCUCAGAUAAACUGAACACAACUGAUGUGCCCGAAUCCACGCAACAUGCACACAGCGAUGCUGAACAUUCACUCUCAAACGUGACAAAUGGGAAGAACUCGCUGAGAACUGAAGCAAUGCCUCCAAACGGCGAUCUAAGUCCGUACAACCUGGAAAACGAGAUCCUACCGUGUAAAACAGUGUCUCCUACUCGGAGUCAGCAAAGUAUUGUAAGCACUAAACCCUCCGAGAGAUUCGAGCGAGUGGAGAGCUCUUCGAUGCCUACAAAACGCAAUGAUGACUACACUCCACCAGCAUCACUUGUGCAAGAAUUGCACAAACAAAAGGAAGAAGCAAUGGCGUGCGCAACUCCAGCGAUAUAUCCCGAUGCAUCCCAGCCUUUAACUCGCAGUAACGCAAGUGAACGUGGUUCACAAAAGUCGUACGAGGAGAGACAACCCAGCAGAACAUCUUUAUCGAAGCAUCCAGACCUGUGA